AUGGAGAAUGUACCCGAGGAUGGUCUCCGCGCCGUUGCUGGCGGAGGCUUUGGCGUCGAAGCGGCGAGGAACGCGCCACGGGCGGGCGCGCGCCUUGUUUGGCGACUCACUGAACAAACCCACGCUCUAGCCGCAUUUGCAAUUCGUUUGUGGACUACGAAAUACUCUGCAUCCAACCAAGUCUUUUGUGUAACCGGAUUUCUCGGUUAA